AUGUCUUCCUCAUCCAACCUUGAUCCCGAAACGGAACGACAACGUUUCAGGGUUAUUAGACGAAAGUCGAACGGUAUCGAGUGCCAAUAUAAUAUGUAUGUUCUUCGAGUCGAGGAUGCACCUGAACCAGGCGCAAAUGAGACUGAGUCUUCACAUUUCGAUGGGCGCGUCGAGACAGCUGAGGGUACCUCCGACCGAAUUCUUUCACUUGAAGAAUUGAGGAAUGAGUUGAAAGACUUCGAGGAUGAAGGGAAGAAGCGCCGCAGUGAAGAGGAUGGUGUUGACAUGGUCGGCACCGAAGAUCAACCAUUCAAUUUCAACACAAUCACUCAAAUACAUCCAAGGGAGGGGUAUAAUGACACUUCCGACGUACAAGACGAAGAUCCGAAUGAUGAGCAAGAUCAUGAGCUCCUAGAAUUGCCCAGACUGGCCAGAUUGUUCGAUAAUGACUACUGGAGGGACGCUCCACCGUCAGUUUCCGGUCUACCGUCGCGGUAUACCCAGUGGCACCAGGAAACCAUAAUCAAUGACUACUUCGAAGCCUUCAACCAAGCCACGCCACUAUUCACAGAACUUAACUAUGAGGAUUUUCACAACUAUUGCAGAGAGCAUGGUUCUAUGGAUGACGAGGGCCACUUUGAUUUGUCAAGUGAAACAGGACUCAAGAUCGUUCUGGGGAUAGCCCUUUAUUACAUGACCACGUCGCAUCUCGAACGGGCCGGGUUUAUGCACGCCAUGGCUGUCAAGAUGGUCUACAAAUUGGAAUUCCAUAAAAUGUUCGGGGAGACCGUCAAAUCUGUCUGGAUAGCGUACAUCAUCGACCGAGACCUAUCAUUGCUCACAGGAGAGCCAUACCUUAUGCAAGAGCAUGAUAUUGAUCCUUCAGUCACGGAUCUCUCUGACAAAGACGGAGGUAUUCUAUGCAGCGAAGACAGUUCCUUGCGUUUUGAGAUCUUCAAGUUUCGCGCUCGAUUGGCGACUAUUCAAGGCAAGAUCUUCGACUUGGUGUAUUCAGUUCGCGCUUCUCAACUCUCUUUCGAUCAGCGAGAAACCGUUGCGGAUCGUCUAGACGACAUGCUGGAGAAAUGGGUUGAGUCGAUCCCUGAGCCAUUCAGGGGAGAUACAAUCCCAGGUUUCAGCCACGAACAGAUGAGUCGCGACAACGCAUUUCGUUGGAGCUGUACUCACGCGACUCAAGCGGCCAUGAUGAUACUGGCUGCGAACAACCUAACACUUUCAGAGCAUGAUCUUCAUGACUCAACUGAGAAAGAUCAGCAGAGACUUCAUAUUGCACAUGGUGAAGUCAGUGAUCGGAUCCAAGAAGAUCCAACGUGGUCAACCGAGAAGUCGUUCAACAUUUGCGGGGAGCUGAUUAUCAAGGCCCGGGAGUCAGUGCGACGAUUUAAUGAGAGCAAGAGCAUGGAGGGUUCAUGA